CCUCCACUACUCAGAGAGAGAGAGAAAGAGAGAGACAGAGAACAGAGCGAGGCUUGUUGGCCAGUCACCACAGACGCUCGGGUCAGCUGUCUCUCCUGACCAUUGGAUCUCAUGAUUUACUGAUGAAUGGAGAAAGGCAGGGCACGGGAAGGAGCAGACUGCUAAAAGAGCUUAAGGUCGGUUCUUGGGAAUGCUGAGGCCCCGGAGACCAUACGGCUGGACCAACCGGCACUGACGAAACAAGCGUAAAGGGAUUUGCUCCGGGGCGGGUCUGAAUUCUCGACGUGGGAAGGUUUCUCAAGCAGCUCCUGCUGGUGAACACAGAGAUGGCCAUGGUGAGCGGGGGAUGGGCCAACCCCAAUGGCAGCGCUAAUGGAAUCGGUGAGAAAGGUUACCUGCGGGGGGAGGAGGAGAGCAGCUCGCCCCGGGCAGGGAACAGCGACACGGAAGGUGGCGAGGAGGACAAGGCCUGCGUGGUGGACUGUGUGGUGUGUGGGGACAAAUCCAGUGGGAAGCACUAUGGCGUUUUCACCUGCGAAGGGUGCAAGAGUUUCUUUAAGAGGAGCAUCAGACGGAACCUCAACUAUACCUGCAGGUGCUGUAUUGUAAACUCUGUGUUUCCUGCAGACGCAUGUGGCCUGUCAGAUCCGGCGCACAUCGAGAGCCUGCAGGAGAAAGCACAGGUGGCCCUGACCGAGUAUGAGCGCAUGCAGUAUCCAGGUCAGCCGCAGCGCUUCGGCAGACUCCUGCUGCGACUGCCCGCCCUGAGAGCCGUUCCUGCCAACCUCAUCUCUCAACUCUUCUUCAUGCGGCUGGUUGGCAAGACGCCAAUCGAGACGCUUAUCCGGGACAUGCAGCUCUCUGGAAGCUCCAUCAGCUGGCCGUACGUGCCUGGACAGUAGAUGAACAAUCAGAGGACUUGCUCCCUUGUCCCAUCUCAGGCUGCUCCCAUGCUUCCACAGUAACCGCGUGGAUAGAUAUUGUGUUUUGGGUUUUGUUGAUCGUGUAUAUACUGUAUGUCUAAAAGAGAUUGACACGUAUGUUCCUAUGCAGUUUAAAUGAGCCAUCCAGUACCGGGAUACCUCAUGUUUCACAUCAUGACCAUCAAUUCUGUCAAAAACAUUUGACGAGAUGAAUUAACAGAUCCAAAGUUUAUUAUACCUUCUUUUUCAGAGCAUAGUGAACUAUUUUAAAGCUAGUGUCGAUGUACAUUAAGAAUCUUUAUAACAGACUGCAUUUGUGAGUCAAAAAUGUUGGGAUGUGUACUUGAAAAAUCAAUGGUGAACAGUAAAUGGCUAUGUUUAGAAUGGAAUACUAGCAUACUGCACACUACUGUAUACUGCUUUAUAUAGAAUAGUAUGUGAAACAGUAUGAAAUAUGCAACAUUACAUGUCCCAAACAGUACUAUGCUACAUUGUUGUCACAUGACCUCAUUAUAUUGCAUGUUUAUCAUGUAAAUAGGGUACACUGCAUUGUGGGAUACAGUAUUCUGUGCAGUAUGCUGCAUAUUUUGGCAAAUGGCCAUCCAGGUAUUACACACUAUGCACGGAAUACAAACUAUAUAC